UCCCCAAAAAAAUCAGUACACGUGUGGGCUUUCUACUGCAUGUAGUUGGAGUCUCAAUUCAAGAAUCUUAAAUGGGUCAGUGAGGAAACCCAACAUCUUGCAUUGCUUCCACCUAGGCAUCUUCUCAAACUCAAACAGAUGGCUGGACGUGAAGGGACAGCAGUGACUGGUGAUAUAAGAUCGGGGAAUAUGAUAUUUGAGCCUAUCCUGGAGGAUGGAGUUUUCCGUUUCGAUUGUUCCACAGAUGACAGAAAUGCUGCAUUUCCAAGUGUUUCUUUUGUCAACCCUGUGGGUAGAGAGACACCAAUAUCUAGUGAUCAUAGAGUUCCAUCAUAUAUUCCUACUUUUGAAUGUGUUCUUGGGCAACAGAUUGUUAAGAUUGAGUUUCCAUAUGGUACAUCUUUCUACGGAACAGGAGAGGUUAGUGGUCAGCUUGAACGAACAGGAAAGCGGGUAUUUUUGUGGAACACACCAGCAUGGGGUUAUGGACCUGGAACCAGCACCUUAUACCAAUCACAUCCUUGGGUGCUUGCUGUCCUUCCCGAUGGAGGGGCAAUUGGGGUGCUUGCGGAUACCACAAGGCGUUGUGAGAUUGAUUUGCGCAAAGAAUUUAAUGUGAAGUUUAUCGCUCAACCCUCUUAUCCCAUUAUCACAUUUGGACCAUUUGCUUCACCAACUGAUGUUCUGAUAUCCUUCUCCCGCGCAAUUGGCACUGUAUUUAUGCCCCCAAAAUGGUCAUUGGGUUAUCACCAAUGCCGUUGGAGCUAUGCCUCAGAUGCAAGAGUUCGUGAGAUCGCAAGGACAUUCCGGGAGAAAAAUAUUCCUUGUGACGUAAUUUGGAUGGAUAUAGACUACAUGGAUGGUUUUCGCUGUUUCACUUUUGACAAGGAGCAAUUUCCUGAUCCCAAAUGUCUGGUUGACGAUCUUCACCGGGAUGGUUUCAAAGCGAUCUGGAUGCUGGAUCCAGGGAUUAAAUUUGAAAAAGGUUAUUUUGUCUAUGAUAGCGGUUCAGAAAAAGAUAUUUGGGUUCAGACUGCAGAUGGGAAGCCUUUUGUAGGUGAUGUAUGGCCUGGCCCUUGUGUAUUUCCAGAUUUCACUCAGUCAAAAGCCCGCUCAUGGUGGGCUAAUCUUGUUAGAGAUUUCACCGCCAAUGGUGUAGAUGGUAUUUGGAAUGAUAUGAAUGAACCAGCUAUUUUCAAGACUGUAACAAAGACAAUGCCUGAGAACAACAUUCACAGGGGAGAUGAUGAACUCGGAGGUUGCCAGAUUCACUCACAUUAUCACAAUGUUUAUGGCAUGCUGAUGGCAAGGUCCACAUAUGAAGGCAUGAAAUUAGCUGAUCAAAAUAGACGUCCAUUUGUUCUUACCAGAGCUGGAUUUGUAGGUAGUCAAAGAUAUGCUGCUACAUGGACAGGAGACAAUCUUUCCACCUGGGAACACCUUGACAUGAGCAUCUCCAUGGUUCUUCAAUUGGGGCUCAGUGGUCAGCCACUUUCAGGGCCAGAUAUUGGUGGAUUUGGUGGUAAUGCAACGCCGAAACUCUUUGGAAGGUGGAUGGGUGUUGGGUCCUUGUUUCCAUUCUGUCGUGGGCAUUCUGAGGAUGAUACCAACAAUCACGAACCUUGGUCUUUUGGUGAAGAGUGCGAAGAAGUUUGCCGUCUAGCAUUAAAGAGAAGAUACCGCCUUUUGCCACAUAUUUACACCUUGUUUUAUGUGGCUCACACAAAGGGUAUACCUGUGGCAACUCCCAUUCUUUUUGCUGAUCCAGAAGACCCCAAGCUAAGAACCCGUGAAGAUUCAUUUAUGCUGGGGCCUCUUCUCAUAUGUGCAAGCACUCAACGUGAUAAUGAAUUAGAUCAUACACAGCCAGGGUUGCCUAAAGGCAUUUGGAUGAGUUUUGACUUCGAAGAUUCACAUCCGGACUUACCGGCAUUGUAUCUAAAAGGUGGAUCAAUCAUCCCUGUUGGUCCUCCAUAUCAACAUGUUGGUGAAGCUAAUCCUACAGAUGACUUGUGCCUUUUUGUCGCCUUAGAUGAACAUGGUAAAGCAGAAGGUGUCCUCUUUGAGGAUGCUGGAGAUGGCCAUGAGUAUACUAAAGGUGGAUAUCUUUCGACAACAUAUGUUGCUGAACUCCGGUCAUCAGUUGUCACAGUUCGUGUUUCCAAAACCGAUGGCUUGUGGAAAAGGCCAAACCGCCGCUUACAAGUGAAGUUAUUGCUUGGUAAAUGUGCUCUGCUUGAAGUAUGGGGCACCGAUGGAGAAGCUAUCCAAAUUAUGUUGCCUUCACAAAGUGAAGUGUCAAAUAUGGUAUUAGCAAGUGAAAAACAGCACAAAAAUUGCAUGGAGAGUGCUAAAAAGAUACCAGGCGGACACAAAGGUGUAGGGCUCUCAAGGACUCCUAUUGUUAUGAAAAGUGGAGACUGGGUUCUUAAAGUUGUUCCUUGGAUUGGUGGUAGAAUUAUUUCAAUGGAGCAUGUUAGUAGGAAUGCCAUAUCUUCUUGGAUUGCUGAAACACUCAGUCCUAGGAGCAUGGCACUGCUAGUAGGAAAUAACUCUAUAAACUUGGAUCUGCUGUGCAUUUUUAUAUUGCUCAACUUCAGAGAGAAUAUCCGUGAAUUGUUAAUGUCUGCCAUCUUGUUUUGCUUAGGCUUCAUGACAGGAACUCAGUGACUUCAUAGCAGGUUGAGGUUAGCGUCUAUGAAGAAUAUAGUGGCACUUAUUACCAACCUGCUGGAUGUCAUGUACCGAGGAGUACUAUGUUAUUGAGUGAGUUAAAUGAGUAAUUUUGCAACUGCAUUUAUAGUU